CCGGUGCGGCGGCGGCGCCAGCUCCUGACCGACGUGUGCGGCAGCUUCAGCGGUGGGGUGAAGGUCCGGUGGUAUGAGGAGAGAAGAUGGAAUGGAUUUAGGCGUUGGAGCUGUUUAGUUCUUCAGGCUUACAGUCAGGCACUCACAAUCACAAACAAAGCACAGAGAGAGAGAGAAAUGGAGGGCAUAGAGCAUAGAACAGUGAACGUGAAUGGCAUAAAUAUGCACAUAGCUGAGAAAGGCCAAGGCCCAGUGAUUCUUUUCAUUCAUGGUUUCCCUGAGCUUUGGUACUCAUGGAGGCACCAGAUCAUAGCCUUAGCCUCACAAGGCUAUCGAGCCGUGGCUCCUGACCUCCGUGGCUAUGGUGACACGGAUGCACCACCUUCUAUCACCAGCUACACCUGUUUUCAUGUGGUGGGAGACCUUAUUGCCCUACUAGAUGCUGUGGCACCUGAUCAAGAUAAGGUCUUUGUGGUUGGCCAUGACUGGGGUGCUCUCAUUGCUUGGUAUUUAUGCCUGUUUAGACCCGACCGUGUCAAGGCCUUGGUUAACAUGAGCGUGGUUUUAAGCCCCAGGAACCCUAAAAGGAAACCCCUUGACUCCUUGAGAGCUAUUUAUGGAAAUGACUAUUACAUAUGCAGAUUUCAGGAGCCUGGGGAGAUAGAAGCUGAGUUUGCCCAGCUUGGUACUGCAACAGUUCUCAAGGAAUUCCUAACAUACCGCAAUCCAGGUCCACUUUUUCUACCUAUAGGUAAAGGGUUUGGACAUCCACCAGGUGCUCCAAUUGUCUUGCCCUCUUGGUUGUCAGAGGAAGACAUUAACUAUUAUGCCAGCAAAUUUGAGAAGACAGGCUUCACUGGUGGUGUGAACUACUACCGAGAUUUGGACUUAAAUUGGGAACUCACUGCCCCCUGGACUGGGGCCCAAAUAAAAGUGCCAGUUAAGUUCAUUGUGGGUGACCUUGACCUGACUUAUAAUUCUCUAGGCACCAAGGAUUACAUACAUAAGGGUGGGUUCAAGAGAGAUGUCCCACUCCUGGAGGAGGUAAUUGUAUUGGAAGAUGUUGGUCACUUUAUCCAUGAGGAAAAGCCUGAUGAGAUCAACAAGCACAUUUAUGACUUCUUUCAGAAGUUCUGAUUAGCUUUUUGACACCCUUCAUGUUGUGUCUAUGAGCAUCUUGUGUUUUUUCUCCUCCCCUGGCCGGAAUUGUGUGGCUAUGCCUAUGAAUGUCCUUAUUUUGUGAUCAUUCGCUGCUAAGUGAAGUGUGACAUGUCCUUCAAUUUGCAAUUUCUAUAUUUCAAUGUAAACGUGUGUGUUUUGAUGUUUA